UGGCCGCAUUAGCUGAAGAUGACGUAAGGUGGACCACCGGCCCGUCUCGACAAGGGCUUCGGAACCGUUCGAUUCGGAAAUCCAACACACGUUUCAACGACCGUUGUGCACUGCAUUUCUGGAGCAGGAUGUCGCAAGGAGAGAUACGGUUAUCCUCCACCAUACAAUCAGAAACAGCUGAAAGAGAUAGAGCCACAUGUCGACUGUGUCGAAGGCAGUUCGCAAAGUAUACGUGCCCGACAUGCAAUGUUCCCUACUGCUCCAUUACCUGCUAUCGCUCUCAGGUUCAUAACCAAUGCUCAGAGGGUUUCUACAAGAAAGAAAUCGAGAACGACAUACAUGCAGCGCCAUCCAAGACAGCCGAGCAAAGGCAGCAGAUGAUAGAACUGCUCAAGAGGUUCGAAGAAGAGAACAAUACGGAACAAUCGCUGCUGCAAGGGGAUGAAGAGGGGGACGCGGAGGACCCUUUGAGUCUGGCGAGGCGGUUUGAAUCAAUUGAUAUCGGGUCAGCCCCACCUGAUGCCCUUUGGUCGAUGCUUACUCCAGAAGAACGGUUGAAGUUCACCAAAGCCUUGUCAGAUCCCACUAGCGGACUGGCCCAGCAACUCUUAGCCACAGAACAAUUGGAACAAGAGAUCCAAGAACCAUGGUGGGAAGCGCCGAAUGAGCCGAAAGACCAAUGUGAAGAUGGUCGACCUACGAACACCGCACUCCGCUAUGGCGCCAAACCGAAAAUGAUGAGCGUCCCUCUGUCGAUGGUGAAGAAGAUACCGACGCCGGCGGCCCACACUUUAGUCUAUAAUAUGGCCACGAUCUGGCUUUCGUAUGCUUAUAUCACACGGUACCUGGGAGCUUCUCUGUGCACCUUGCAACCAGACGAUCCGGACUUCGAUGAGGCACGACGACUGGUGUCGUGGUUGGUGCCUUUUUUAUUGGACCGGAAAUCCACCACAAUUUAUUCUAAUUUGUCUGCUGCGAUAACAGACCUCUGGUCGUCACUAAAUCCUGGCACCAUGACAAGUGAACUCCUCUCACUUUUGCUGCGAGAUGCAGCAUUUUUACUCAACCCUCGCCGUGUAACCGAAAUAACGUCGGAGGUAGUGGAGGAAUCAGCACAGGAAACACUCGUGCCUGCUUCACACCCCCACAACAUGCCGAUGCUUGUUCUCUCGGAUCUCCAUGGACUAUUCUUGAAUAGGCCACCCAAGACACCCGUGAAUCAUAUCACUCGCAAGAUAGUUUUCUACGCCGCACACGUCCUGUCGACGCCGAGCCUGGUUCUGGAGACCUUGGUACGCGAGCUGGUCUCGACAGCUGAGAAAUACGCCCAGGCAGAAGGCUUGGAGCCUGCACGCAUGGAAAGAAAUGGGGAAGUGCGGAACGAACGGCUGGUGGAAGAGGUGUGAG